AUGGAGAGUGGUUAUGGUCGGGGUUUGGAGAACCAUGUUGUUGGAUACUUUGCAGAGCUCUACACUCAACAGGACACUUUGCAUACUGAAAUCACGAAAUGUGUAAAAGCAAGAGUCACUGUGGAACAUAAUAUGGAUCUUACACGUCCUUUAACUGAUGAUGAGAUUAAGGCAGCUGCAUUUUCGAUGCAUUCAGAUAAAUCGCCAGGAGAUGACGGGUUUAAUCCAGGAUUCUAUAAACGGUAUUGGUAUAUUGUUGGCAGUGAGGUUAUUUCAGAGUGCAAGAAGUGGUUUAUUGAAGGUGUUCUUCCUGAGGAAAUUAAUAAUACCAACAUUGCAUUGGCAAGCAGAUUGCGUAGUGUGCUCCCAAAUAUCAUCUCUGAAAUGCAAAGUGCAUUUGUGGGCGGUCGGUUAAUCACUGACAAUGUUAUAGUGGCUAACGAGAUGGUACAUUACAUGCGAGGAUUGCGGAUGGGUAAAGUGGGGUAUGCAGCACUAAAACUUGAUAUAACAAAGGCUUAUGACCGCUUGGAGUGGAGCUACAUUGAAUCAAUAUUGGUUGCAUUGGGGUUUGAUGAGAAAUGGAUUAAUUUGAUGAUGAUAUGUGUCACAACUGUUCGUUACAAUAUUCUUCUGAGGGAGUCGAUAAUAGGUCCCAUUGUUCCAUUAAGGGGAUUGAGACAAGGAGAUCUUUUGUCCCCUUCACUGUUUAUCAUUGGGGCAAAAGGUCUCUCAGCUUUAAUUCUGAAGAAAGAAGAAGUUGGAGCCCUUCAUGGAUGUCGUAUUUGUGAACGAGCACCAACAGUUAGCCAUCUCCUAUUUGCGGAUGAUUCAUACCUAUUUUUCAAAGCUAAUGAAGCUGAAGGGGAAACGAUCAGGCUGUUGUUGGAGACUUAUAAACAGGAUUCUGGGCAGGAGGACUUGCUUUGUCAGAAUUUAGGCGUGACUGAGGAUGUGGACUCUGAACGAUAUUUGGGUAUGCCUAUUAUGAAGCUGAUGAAUAAGUACUGGUGGGGUAAAGUAAGGAGGAUGAAAUGGGAUAGAAUUUGUGAGAGUAAGAAUGAUGGAGGUUUGGGCUUUCGAAAUUUGCGUGUUUUCAAUUUAGCUAUGCUAGCUAAACAGGACUGGACGUUGUUGGUUAUGGAUACGUGCUUGGUGGCUCGUGUUAUGAGAGCAAAUAUUUGGAAAGCAAAGAAAGUUAUUCUCCGUGGAGCACGAGUUAGAGUGGGUGAUGGACAAGACAUCAAUGUAUGGAACAACUCUUGGUUGUCUAAUGCUGAUGAUGGUAAAGUCACAACCCAAAGAAGUGAGGAGAAUAUGCAUCUUAGAGUGUGUGAUCUUAUAGAUGAGCAAGUUAGAGCGUGGGAUGUGCCAAAGAUCUUUGUUGUAUUUAAUGAAAGGGACAAGAGCAUGUGCGACUUUGCUAAGAAUUGCUGGAGUUUUAUGGGUUUGAGUUGGCCUGUUGAUAGGUCUGGCGAUGUUAAGGAGUGGUUGAGUUCUGCUUUUGACACUUUUGAUCUGGAUCAAAGGGCUAGUGUGGCUGCGAGUCGUUGGCAAUUUGGAAGAAUAGAAACCGCGUGGUUAGGGCAAUUAUCUGAUGACUCAGAUUGCAAAUGGAAGAAGCCGAAUGCUGGUUGGACUAAAGCUAAUGUUGAUGCAGCUAUGCUUGAGUCAAAAGGAGCAGUGGGACAGUGUUUAGAGAUGACGAGGGCAUAUUUAUUGGUGGCUAUAGUAAAAUUUUCGAAGGCAUUUCUGAUCCGACGCUGA